AGUCCACCUCGUCUUAGUCCAAACUCGAACCUUAUUCCCCAAGUCUCCGAUCCCCCUACCCAAUUCAUCCCCGCUCCUUCCUCCAUUGCCGACGCCCCCUCGCUCUCGCAGCGGCGAGACGAGGCGGGGGCAACGAGACUGGGCGAUGGUGUUCAAGGCGCGCUUCUUCUCGUCCAAGAAGUCCGAUUCUUCCUCCAGCCCCGACGGAUCCAACAGCCCCGCCGGGUCUACCUUCGCCUCCACCUCUUCCGCCAGAUCCGAAAAGAAGAAGUCCAAAUCCCCCUCCUCCGUCUCCUCCCCCCGCCAUACUGUCAUCCACAACGCCGUCGAGAAGCACCACCUGCAGCAGCAGCUUCACAAGAAGAAGGAUAAGGAUGGGAAGGAGUCCAAGGGGAAGGAGGCCGCAAAUUCCCCUUCACCAAAACCUUCCCCUCCGACUGCCCCCUCCGCCCUCUCCAAGCUCCGGCGUACGCCGGCGACUGUGGCCGUGGAGGUUAAGGACGCCGAAGGGGCGCCCCCUAUCGCGGCCCUCUCCCCGAUCCUGGCUUCCUCGCUUGGCCUUAACCGGAUCAAGACUAGAUCAGGGCCGUUGCCGCAGGAGGGCUCCCGUGGAGAGCAUAGGAUGUCAGGCAUCGGGGGCAGCAAUUUAUCCAGAGCUGCCGGGUAUGUUUCGAUGACUGGAGGAAAGGCAGUCGGUGUUAGUAGUACAGGAACGAAGAAGGAUGGAAGGACUGUAGUCAAGGUCGCCGAGACGUCUACUAGCUCUUGGGUUGAUCGUGGCACAAGUGGGGCGAAGCAGUGGUCGACAAUUAGUGCGGAUGCUCCAUUUGAGCGGCAGGGCAACAUUGGAAAAGCUAUUGUAUCACGUAGUAAAUAUGUUGAUUUGAAAAGCAAUGCUACAUUUGCUUCAGAAGUGGAGUCCCCAUAUGAUGCUUGUGAAACACCAAAGGAAUCAGAAUCUCCUCGCUUUAAAGAAAUAAUGCAGGCUACCAGUGCACCGAGAAAGAAGAUGCCCGGAGAUGUGAAAAGCUUUUCCCAUGAGCUAAGCUCCAAAGGAGUACGCCCGUUUCCAUUUUGGAAGCCUCGAAGUACUUACAAUUUGAAGGAAGUAUUGAAAGUUAUUCAGGUGAAAUUUGAAAAAGCAAAGGAGGAAGUGAACUCAGAUCUGGCAAUCUUUGCUGGUGAUUUGGUUAGUAUAAUGGAGAAAAAUCUAGAAACUCAUCCUGAGUGGAAAGAAAUUUUGGAGGACUUGUUGAUACUUGCUCGGAGCUGUUGUGUUAUGACACCUGGUGAAUUCUGGCUUCAAUGUGAAGUCAUAGUUCAAGAUUUGGAUGACCGUCGCCAGGAGCUUUCCUCAGGAAUGCUUAAGAAACUUUAUACACACAUACUUUUUAUCCUUACUAGAUGCACAAGGUUGCUACAAUUUCACAAGGAACAUGGGUUUCCUGAGGAUGGGAUGGUUAUGGAUCCAGGAUCGAAAGUCAUGCUUUCUGCUGAGGUAGUAUCUGUCCCUUCCAAAGAUGGUAAAUAUAGCAGAUCUGAAAAAAAAUCUGUGGAGGCAGGGGUUGCAAGGAAGUCCUAUAGUCAGGAGCAACAUAACUUAAAAUGGAAAAGAAGCCAAGAGAUAAAACCUGUUGAUUUCUUCUCAGAAAAUAUAGCAAAGGAUGAUCCAUUUUCUACUAGGGAGCGAAUAUCUUCUUGGAAGGCUCUACCUUCACCAGCACCAAAGAACCAGAAAGAGUUUAAUCCAAUUGUUGAUGUAUCACUCAAUGCUAAAACUGACUCCUUAACGGCAGCCUCUAGUCAUCCCGAUCCAGUUAGCCUUAUUGAUGCACCCAGGUCUAAAUCUGUUUCUUCCAAGCAUCAACAUGAAGUUUCAUGGGACUUUUGGUCUGAUCAGCAGAGUAUUUCUGAAGAGGGGUCAAUUAUGUGUCGCAUUUGUGAAGAGUACGUUCCUACUUUGUAUGUGGAAGAACACUCAAAGGUAUGUGCUGUUGCUGAUAGAUGUGAUCAGAAAGGCUUAAGUGUUGAUGAGCGUCUCAUUAGAAUAGCUGAAAAAUUAGAGAAAAUGAUGGACUCUUAUGGACAAAAAGAUCUGCAUAAUCUCAACGGGAGCCCAGAUGUUACAAAAGUUUCGAAUUCAAGUGUAACAGAAGAAUCUGAUAUUCCUUCUCCAAAACUAAGUGAUUGGGCACAGUUAGCUUUGGCUGAUAUGGUUGAUUGUCUUCAUGAGUCAGAGAAUCCUCUUCUGUUAGAUGACCUGAAAAAUCUCCCAUCAAUGACUUGCAAGACUCGACCUAGUGCAAAAUCUGAUCAAGGAAUGACUACUUCAUCAGCAGGCAGCAUGACUCCACGAUCCCCUUUAAUGACACCAAGGGGUACUCAUAUAGACAUGCUUUUGACAGGGAUGAAUGCUGUUUCUGAGGGUGAUGAUUUUUCACAGAUGAACAAACUUGCUGAUAUUGCUCGCUGCAUAGCUAAUGCUUCAGUGGAUGGAGAAGGCUCCUUGAAUUAUUUAGUUUCUUGUUUAGAAAACCUACAAGAAGUUAUGAAUCGACGUAAACGUGAGGCACUUGCUGUGCAAACAUUUGCAACACGUAUUGAGAAGCUCCAUCGUGAGAAGUGCUUGCAGCUUUGCGAUUCAGUAGCCCCACUUGAGAUGGAAAAGGCUGAUGCAUUAGUUUCUGUUAUGGAUGAAGAAGAUGACAUAGUUCGAAGUUUGCGCGCGAGUCCUAUUCAUCAUCAUGCCAGCAAGGAUAGAACAUCUAUUGAUGAUUUUGAAAUCAUCAAGCCUAUCAGUCGUGGGGCAUAUGGUCGGGUUUUCUUGGCCAAGAAAAGAACUACAGGGGAUCUCUUUGCAAUAAAGGUCUUAAAAAAAGCAGAUAUGAUACGGAAAAAUGCUGUUGAGAGUAUAUUGGCCGAACGCAACAUUCUAAUUUCAGUUCGCAAUCCUUUUGUGGUUCGAUUUUUCUAUUCCUUCACAUCUCGGGAGAAUUUGUAUCUUGUGAUGGAAUACUUGAAUGGUGGAGACCUCUACUCGUUACUUAGAAAUUUAGGUUGCUUGGAUGAAGAUGUUGCUCGCAUUUAUAUAGCAGAAAUAGUGCUUGCACUGGAAUACUUGCACUCGUUGCGUGUGGUGCAUCGUGAUUUAAAGCCAGACAAUCUGUUGAUUGCUCAUGAUGGUCAUAUUAAGUUGACCGACUUUGGUCUUUCCAAGGUUGGUCUUAUUAACAGCACGGAUGAUCUCUCUGGCCCUGCUGUUAGUGGGACAUCAUUAUAUGGUGAAGAUGAACCCCAGGUGUCUGCAUCUGAGCAAUUGAAUCAGCGAGAUUCUCGGAAGAAACGGUCUGCUGUUGGCACACCUGAUUAUUUAGCACCAGAGAUACUUCUAGGAACAGGACACGGUGCAAGUGCAGAUUGGUGGUCUGUUGGUGUAAUUCUCUUUGAACUUAUUGUUGGAAUUCCACCAUUCAAUGCAGCACAUCCUCAGAAAAUUUUUGACAAUAUUUUGAAUUGUAAAAUACCUUGGCCCAAAGUCCCUGAAGAGAUGAGUUUUGAGGCCUAUGAUCUUAUUGACAAAUUAUUGACUGAGGAUCCUCAUCAAAGACUUGGAGCUGAAGGUGCAUCAGAAGUGAAGGAACAUAUGUUUUUUAAAGAUAUCAAUUGGGACACACUAGCGAGGCAGAAGGCUGCAUUUGUUCCUUCAUCUGAUAAUGCACUAGAUACCAGCUAUUUCACUAGUCGUUAUUCUUGGAAUCCUUCAGAUGAACAGAUAUAUGAAGCUAGUGAAUUUGAAGAUUCCAGUGAUGAUGGAAGUAUAAGUGGAAACAGUAGUUGUAUAAGCAACAAUCAUGAUGAACUGGGUGAUGAAUGUGGAGGAAUUGCUGAGUUUGAUUCUAUAUCGUCCGUUAAUUAUUCAUUUAGUAACUUCUCUUUCAAGAAUCUGUCACAGCUUGCAUCAAUCAACUAUGAUAUUCUCAGCAAGGGUUUCAAGGAGGAUCCGCGGACUAAACCUGAAAUUUAAGUUGGAUUCCUUUUGAAUGCUGCUUGAUUUAAACAUCUUUUUCUGAAAGAAAAAACUUCCAUGUCUCAUGUACAUCUUGUAAAUAGUUACAGGCUGAAGACAACUGCAGGAUGGUGCCUUUCAUCAUGUGGUCCGUUGCUGCAAUGUCUGCCUACAAUUUCAGUGUAGCAAAAAGUCUUUUUGAUUCCGUAUGGUUUCACCAGAACGGCUUUGCCAAUGAGAAUGUUGUCAGAUGAGUACUGCAUCUACUGUGGAUAAUUGCAGAUAUUCACUUUGAUUGGUAAUAUCUCCAACUAGUCAUGAUGUCUUCUGCCUCCUUGCAUGAUUUUGCAAAGAGGGAAUAGAGUCAUGUACAAGGGGAAGAGUGAGAGGACUGGCCCUUUAUGCUCUAUGGAUUAUAUUGGCGAACCAAUACUAUGUUCUUUCACUAAUUUAUGUCCCUUGCAAAAAAAUGAGAUCACAAACCCUCCCGUGGCUUACCAGAGUCCUUUUUCGUCGAUGUAUGCCACACUGUAUACCGCAUUAUUCAUGUCAAUGCAGUCAAUUUUGUACA